UGCUUGCUGAAGUGUUAAGUUAUUGCAGUUGAGCGAAAGCCACAGAAAGAUUCGCAUCUUGACAAGACAGGUUCCUCUGCACUUACUACAAAAACCCCUCUAAUUUCCCAGUCUUACGGCUGAGAGGCUAGAACAAAGACAUCGAUUUAUUUAUUUUUGUUAUUGCGGUCGCUCCAAGGUAACAGCGCGAAUGGAAAUGGGUGACGACCAGUAUGAUGAAUAUCUGGAUGGCUUUUUUAAUCAGAACUUCACAGAUGAUCCCCAACAUGUCAUCAAGAACGAGACGGUGAUUUUGUGCGAGAAGAGCAACGUGAUUCAGUUUGGUGCAGCUUUCAUCCCUACGUUCUACUACAUGAACUUUUUGCUUAGCCUUGUGGGAAACGGUCUGGUCUUGUGCAUCAUCUAUAAGUACGAGAAGCUCAGUACGGUCACCAAUAUCUUCCUGCUGAACCUGGUGAUCUCGGACCUCCUGUUCGCCUGCACCUUGCCUUUCUGGGCCGUCUACCACCGCUCCGAGUGGAUAUUUGGCCCAUUCCUCUGCAAGGUGGUAGGUAGCUUGUACUCCAUAGGCUUUUCCAGCUCCAUUCUCUUCCUCACCCUUAUGACCUUUGACCGCUACCUGGCUGUGGUCCAUGCCAUCACGGCCGCCCAGAGCCGCCGGAGGGUGUACGCUUUCUGCAUGUCUUCCAUCGUCUGGUUUCUCAGUGUCCUCGCUAGCCUUAAAGACAUGGUCCUGUUCAAUGUACGGGACAACAAACCGGGCGGCUGGGUGUGUGAAGAGAGUGGCUACACGUACCAGACCAUAGUCAAAUGGCAGCUGAUGGGUUACUACCAGCAGUUCGGGCUGUUUUUCCUGCUACCACUGAUGAUGGUGUUCUACUGCUACGCCCGAAUCACCAUUCGCAUCGUCUCCACGCGCAUACAGGAGAAGUGCAGGGCUGUCAAGCUCAUCUUCGUCAUCAUCUUCACGUUCUUCAUCUGCUGGACGCCCUACAAUGUGGUCAUCCUCCUCAGGGCGCUGCGCUUGUCCUCUGGAGACAGAUCAUGCUCUGAUGACCUGGACUAUGCAGAAUAUGUCACACGGAACAUUGCAUACUUAUACUGCUGCAUCAGCCCUGUUUUCUACACCUUUGUGGGGAAGAAAUUCCAGAGCCAUUUCCGGAAACUUCUAGCCAAGCACAUACCGUGUUUGAAGAGCACCAUCCUGUCAUCUCAAAGCAGCAGGACCACAUCGUUCAGGAGCCCUAACACUGAGUACUACUAACUGAUGAAACUUCACACUGGAAGGAGUUUCUGAAUACUGGGCUUCUGAACUUUUGAAUAUUGCAAGGGUUCUGACAUUAUAAUAUCGGGAUGUUCCAAACUUCUGAAAACUGGGAGCUUAUGAACAUUGGAAUAUUGAGAUGUUCUGAACUUCUUAAUAUUGCAAGGUUCUGAAGUUUUGUUAAUAUUGGAAUGUUCUUAAUAUUUGUAGCUUCUGAAGUUAUUAAUAUUAGGGGGUUCUUUAAUAUUGAGAUGUUCUGAACUUUGUAAUAUUGGAAGGUUCUGGACUACUAAAUAUUUGCAGGUUCUUAAGUUCUUAAUAUUUGUAGCUUCGGAAGUUCUUAAUAUUGGGAGAUUCUGAAGUUCUUAAUAUUUGUAGGUUCUGAAGUUCUUAAUAUUGGAAGGUUCUGAAUCACUGAAUAUUUGUAGGUUCUGAGCUUCUUAAUAUUGCAAGGUUCUGGAAUUUGUAAUAAUAUUUGAAGGUUCUGAAAUACUUAAUAUUUGUAGGUUCUGAAGUUCCUAAUAUGGGAAGGUUCUGAAUUACUGUAUAUUUGUCGGUUCUGAACGUCUUAAUAUUUGUAGGUUCUGAACUUCUUAAUAUUGAAAUAUUAUUACCUUUUGCUUAUUGGUAGCUUCUAAAUGUCUGAACAUUGAAGUAGUAAUGAACUACUGAAUAGUGAAAAGUUCUGACAUUUUGAUCUAUAUAAUCUCACAGACUGGUACAGGCUGCAGGGUUUAGGAACGUGAACAUUUCCAGGGUACAAAAAUGUCCUGUUUGGGUUCAGGUUCAUCAUUAAUGGUGGUGCAGGGGUUUGCUUUUCAGAAAUGAGCAUGUGAGAACAAACGCUGAGACAGAGAGAAAAAAAAUACAAGGAAGUUGGGGAUGUGUUUUUUUUGGUGUUGUUGUUUGAGUCUGUGUGCUUCUGCUGUUCUUCUGUGGCCAGUUGCAUAAAUCAGGAGUAUUUAGCAUCUUAUGAACAUGUAGCAUAAACGUGUCUUUGUAGCAUGAAAUGAACUAUUUAGAAAUGUUUUUUUGUUCUUCUUCUUUUGUGUUGUUUUUGCAUGGAAAGUGAAACAAUUGCUGAAUAAAAAAAUUCUGAUUGAUGUGA